UUUAAUGGCUCUGUCAUGUCUGUGGUCUUCAUUAAUGGCCUCCUCCGACACCCUCUCCUUGGCGGUUUGGUGCAUGCCGUAGCCCAGGAGGAGCUAGUAGAAGUAGAAGUAGCCCCUGAGGCGGAGGCCCAGGUAGAAGCAGAGCCAGAUGUAGAGCCUGAACCUGAGGUAGAGCCUGAACCCGAGGUAGAGCCUGAACAAGAGCCUGAACCCGAGCCAAGGGCGGUGGUUCGUGAGGAGGAAGACGACUAUGAAGAGGAAGUGGAGGAGGGAGAUCAAGAUGAAGAGAAGCCAAAGUUCAAACCGACUGCUCCCAAGAUCCCCGAUGGGGAGAAGGUUGACUUUGAUGACAUCCAGAAGAAACGUCAAAACAAGGACCUUUAUGAGCUUCAGUCCCUGAUCGAUGCUCACUUUGAGUGCAGGAAGAAGGAGGAAGAGGAGUUAAUUGCUCUCAAAGAAAGAAUUGAGAAGCGUCGGGCUGAACGAUCAGAGCAGCAACGGAUUCGAGCUGAGAAGGAUAAAGAGCGCCAAGCCAGACGGGAGGCAGAGAGGAUAAGAAAGGAGGAGGCCGACGCCCACAGAAAGGCGGAGGAUGAGGCGAAGAAGAAGAUUGCUCUGGCUAGCAUGGGAUCGGGCUUCACCAGUCAUCUCCAGAGGGUGGACCAGAAGAGAGGAAAGAAGCAGACUGAGAGGGAAAAGAAGAAGAAGGUCCUGGCUGAGAGAUGCCAACCUCUGGCCAUUGACCAUAUGAGUGACGACAAACUGAGGGAAACGGCAAAGCAGAUGUUGGAGUGGUUGCACAGCCUGGAGGAGAUUAAAUACGACCAUUUAGAGAAACUCAAGAGAGAGCGAUAUGAGGUGAUCUCGCUCAGAAAUCGCAUUGAUGAGCUGCAAAAACAUAGCAAGAAAGGAGCCGCCACACGCCGCCGCAGAAAGUGAGAUCUGCGCCAGUCAAGCCGGAGAGCAAACAUCGGUGCCCAAUGUCGCAACCACCACCACCACGAGACACCUGCAGUACAAUCACAACUGGACAUCUUGCUGCCUGAUUUACCUCCACUCAAUACAUCAAAAGUUCAUCAGUGUAUAUGUAUGAAGAAGGUGUAACUGUCCAGAAAAUAAAUGUUGCAUCUGAAAUAAUCAAA